UUCAGCACUCUUUCUUAUUAGCUAUAUUAUAAGAAUGAAUUGUUUACUAAACCUGCUAUUUCUGUCUUUUAGAAACUGAAGUCAGUGUGAAAUGAUGGAGUUAUAGAAUUAUAUUAAGCAGCGGAUGUAUUUAUAAAGAUCGUAAAUCGGUGUAAACAUUAUUUCUCAUUUUUAAUUUUACACAAAUUUGAUAGGUAAACGUGUUUGAAUCGCCUGUUGAGGAUAUUUAGAUUAAUUUACAAUGGCAGAAUCAAAGUAUGAUCUGUUGCUUGUCAAUACAAAGGCAGAAAAGAACAUUCAACAGCAACCAUGGUAUAAAGAAAGGAUUAAAACUAAUUACAUCAAAUCAAAGAAACCUACCGAUGUAUCAAAAAUGCUUGUUGGAAAAAACUGGACAUUUAUAAAAGAUGGACUUGAUGAUUUUCGAGACGGAUUACCACCUAGUGCAAGCGAUGGCAUUAUUAUAAAGCCCAACAAAGGCCCAUCGCCAAACAUACAAGGUAGCAGUGACAGUAUGUCUCAAGUGAAAGAACCUGUUAUGAGGAAAAGAUUUGAUAAACAUGAGAUCUGUUACUCUAGAGUUACUCCCCUUCAACUUCAGAGACGUGAUCAUAUAGAUGAAAUAGAGUAUGGUCUUACCCAGCAUCCUCUAGCCCUAUACCCACAUUUAGAAGAGUGCAUGCCACCAGAUGUGUUUGAAGAUGUAGUUGACAUACUUGACCCUGAGAUGAACCUUGCAUCAGAUGGGGAAGAAUCACUAGAAGAUUUAGAAAGUGAAAUAAGUUCAGGAUCAUCAACUCCAAGUAAAUUAUCACAAAAAAUGGACAAAGAAACCACAGAAGAGGAUACUGGGCGAAUUAGGAAUCCUUACAAAUGGCUACCGCGGAAAGAAGAAAAAGACAAAAAAGAAAAAAAGAAAGUUUUAGAAAAACGUUCCAAUUCUCCAUCACAAGAUGAACAUAUAAAAACUGUAACAAAAGACUUUUGCGACUGGGUCGCUAGUUUGGGGGGUGAUAGCAAUAACAUUGAAGAAAGCACAAUAACAAGUUUAUUUGCUAGUGGAUAUGAGACUAAACCAGCAUUAUCAGUGCCGAUCCACGUUGUUGAAUUAACGAAUGUCCCUCCAGAAUUAAGAAUGUCGGCAGUCGUACCACAACAACAACAACAAGCUAAAAGUAUUCCUACUCAAGAAGAAAAGAAAGAAGAUUGGACUCACUCAGGAAACUAUGUACCAAGUUGGGCAAAGUUUAAAUAUGGAGCAUGGUAUCUGCAACCCAAGACUUGGAAGAAACGGGAAGCAGAUGAACCCCUUCAAGACCCCAAAGAACUUAAAAAUCAACAGGUUUCUGAGGCGAAGACAAAGAGUUUGGCUCUGGAUAGUGAGCUGGCACCCAUGCAUGGAGCCAAGUCCUUUAUGGAGUUUAUAAGUAAGAAAAAUACAAGGAGACCUGAGUUUCUUGAACGUGUAAAAGACUUCCAGGAAAAAGCUGCGAAAGAGGAACAAGAAAGACUGGAAGCAGAACAAGCCAAACUGAAGAAAUUGAACAUUAGAAAAACUGGUGAUACUAAAAAAGAGUAGAAUCUCAAGAUGGUCAGUGUUAAAUGAUUAAACGUAAAAGGCGAGGAAAAUAUGAUAAUCUAAGAAGGAAUUUAUGAUAAUAAGGAUCAAAUGAACAUUUCCAUCUGUAUAGAAAGAAAGCGAAAUCAUGAAACUUUAUAUGAGUGACUGAGAAAGAGUAAAAUUAUGUUUCUCUUAAAUCUCAUUUAUAACUAACAAUCACUUUUAAUAUAAAUCGAACAUAUCAACAUUUUAGUAUUUUACUUCAAUUUUCUCACAUGAUUGAUUGACACCAAUUGUCCCUUUUGUCGGUCAAAAAAAACUUUUUUAUCACAAUCCAAAAAGGCAAUAAUUGAAUAUGAAUAAUGGUGAUAUUAUUGUUAUAAUUAUUGUACAAAUGUACAUUUUGAAUAAAAUAAACUAUA